CGGGCGUGACGACGUCCUGGUGUUGUUGCUGCGGCCGCACGUGGUCCACUGAGUUCGCUUCAGAGUUAGCUGCGCUCCGCGUCCUGGGCACCAGCUGCUUGCCUUCCUGCUCGUCCCGCUCACUAUGUCCACAUACACGAGCUGCCCGAUUCCGGGGGGCAGGGACCGGCUGCCCGACUGCUACAGCACCACGCCGGGGGGCACGCUAUACGCCACUACCCCGGGAGGCACCAGGAUCAUCUACGACCGAAAGUUCCUGCUGGAGUGCAAGAACUCACCCAUUGCUCGGACGCCCCCCUGCUGCCUCCCUCAGAUUCCCGGGGUCACAACUCCUCCAACAGCCCCACCCUCCAAGCUGGAGGAGCUGAAGGAGCAGAAGGAGACAGAGGAAGAGAUACCCGAUGACGCACAAUUUGAAAUGGACAUCUAAUCCAGUGCAGAUGAUCCUGUGUGGAAUUAGAGGAAUCCCUCAUACCGCUGCUGCCAUCACCUCUUCCUGGUGUAUUCCAGACACCAGGUGGCCUCAUAUAAUCUGGAAGGGAGUGACUUGUUGGUUUUGGGCCUCCCUUAGUUUUGAGGUAGCUAGACCAGGGAUAGGAGUGGGCAACUUGCCAAGCCCUUAGCUCUACUUUCCCUUCGGUCUGUAGGUACUCCUCCCAACCCCCAGCCCUCCAACAUCAGGGGCUGAGGCUGGGACUAAGGGGUGGAGUUAUGUCACUGUCUGAUUGCUUAGUAAAAAUUCAAAGAAUG